GUUACCGCGAGCAUCGCCACUCACAGCCCAGCUAGAAAUUCCUAAAAUGUCGCCGCCUCUCGCCGUCGUAUUUAGUUCCAAAUAAGCCAUUGACGUUCGUUCAACUUUUGUAUCGCGGCUAAUUUUCUCGAGGCGCGUCGUAGUUUACGUCUCGCCGUUCCGAAGUAGCCGAACCGCGUCCUUUAUGCACAGCGUGCUGCCCCGGUCCUCCGAGCACCAUGGUCCGCUCCAGCCCCGCUCACUAGGCAGCAUGGAAGCCAAGCAACACCCGAUAAAGAGCGUCAAAAGCUACCCGGAGACCGGCGGCCGGAGUCUGGCGGCGGUCGCCGGUGGUGGUGGUGGAGGAGGAGGCGGAGGAGGAGGAGGAGGAGGAGGCGGCGGGGGCGGAGGAGAAGAAGGAGGAGGCGGCGGGUGUCGAGUCGGCUCCUCCGCGGAAACGGAGAUGGAGACGAAGAUCCAGAAAGCCGUCGACUUCAAGGCGGAGGGCCACCGCUGCUACAAGGAGAAGAAAUUCCGCGAGGCAAUCGGCAAAUACCACCGGGCGCUGCUGCAGCUCAAAGGGGUGCACGUCGCCGAAGGGACGACCGGCGGCUCUGAGGUCAACCUGCUGAACCAACGAGCCGCCGCCAAGCUCACCGAGGAGCAGAUGAGAGCCGUGGAGAGCACCGAGAUUGAGUGCUACGACAGCCUCACAGCUUGUCUAUUGCAAUCCGAGCUGGUCAACUAUGAGCGAGUGAAGGAGUACUGUCUCAAGGUACUGGAUCACCAGAGGGACCACUUCAAGGCCAUGUACCGCGCCGGCAUUGCCUUCUACCACCUGGGCGACUACGAAUGUGCCCUGCGUUACCUGCGAGACGCCAAGAACCGCGAGCCUGCAGAUACCAACGUGCUGCGCUACAUCCAGCUGACGGAGAUGAAGAUGAGCAAGAGCGGCCAGCGGGAACGAGAGCUCGGCAAAGAGACGCACGGCUGACCUGCCCCGCACACGGCCGUCCCUUUUGGAAUCUUGCGCCGACUCGCCCGACCCGCCCGACCAUCCGUCCUCCAUCCUCGCCAUACUUCCAAGGACCCUCCACAGCACUUGUGGGAGAUGAUUUGAACUUCCUGUUUUUCCCGACCCUCCUGCCUGUUUGUCCCUCAGGUGCUGUGGCUCUUUUUUCCUUGACAAAAAAAAGAAAAAAAAUCAAUCAAAGAAAACUGCUGUAUUAGAAACCCCCGAAAGAAACUAGUGAAUAAUGGACGUUUGCGGGAUUUAGUCAAAGCGUUUUGUUUUCUCUGCCUUCUCUCUGGGGAGAAUAUCUGGGUAGUGUGUGUGCGGAGGCCUUUUGGAGGGUCAUGAUUGGCUCUGAGUGGGGUGUGCGACACAUAUCCAAAUCAUCGUCCGAUUUGAUUGUACAUGCAACCCGCCUGGAGGGCUCUCUCAAGCCCUUUAACCACACUUUCUUGGACUUUUAUUUUGUUCAAUUAAGGGCUAAUUUGAGUGUUUGUCAUCUGUUUUUAUUGUCCAUCAAAACCAGGGGUGGGCAAAGCGUUUUAACUGGCAUUUUACAUCAAGAGUCCUGUAAUACUUACAUUAAUUUACCGGUAGCUUUUUUUUUUAAAUCAAUCCCUUAAAGUGGUUCAUUAAAAUGUGUUUAUUGAUAUUUUAUUUAUUUUUGUAUUCGGUUAACUCAUGAAAUAAUUGGUCGAUUGAUUCAUAUAUUUCAAGACAAAUGCACCGAAAGUGCAUAUGCGGCGAAUAAGAUACGAUUUUACAUCUAGAUGUAACUAUUUCAUGGUCUAUAUUGCUAAAUAAUUGGUUAAUGAAUUAUUUAACAGUCAAAUUUGGCCCUGGAGUGCAAACUUUUGCCCACCCCUGUUCUAUACUGAAGGUGUCCGUAGCAUUGGUUCUAGCAGGUUCGCUUAUGUUAUGUCUUGAAUUUGUUGUCAAAAAAUCCCCCCCCCCCGAGCCUGAGCCCUCACUCCCACACCCACAGUGAGCUGUCCGAGCCGCUCUUAUCGGAACAACUCUGCAGCUUGACAGCAUCCCAAACGCUUACGUGCACACAGUUCAGUUCAGUUGAGCAUUCACGAUGGCUAAAGCGGGGCACACGCAUUAGGGGUUAAACCGAUUAGUCAGCUCGUCUACUGCGCAUCGACAUUUAAAGCUUGAAGUCACGAAGUCAACGCUGAUCACGUUUAUUGGUUUCCAGUCGAGCAAUUGAUAGAGGACUUGGACUGGCGGCGAGGAACGAGGUCAGCGGCGCUAAGUGAAACUCAAAUUUCAUCGCCAAUAUAUUACAUCCGAUAACGCACAGACAACAACUGUGUGCUAACGAGAACUUUAUUCUUCAUUGAAGUUGUAGGAUACAACAACAUCGACAUCGCGUAACGUGCGGUAACACUUAUACUACGGCAUACGGCCGAUGAUGCUACAAGCGUGUGGAAUUCUUUCACAAAAAUAGGGACUGGUGGCAAGGUCACUUGCAAAAUGUACAAGUCUCUCCUAAAAUCCAAUAAAAGCACAAGACAAAGAGAAACAACAAACCAGAGAAAGGCUUGAUUUUGGGGGGGGGGGAGCCUAUGUCUUUAUGUGAAACUGGCCUGGGGUGCAAAAACAAAAAAAAAAAAAAAAAGGUUGGGUACUGUGCUGAAAAAAAUAUCAACAAUUAAUUGACUUCAACUUGACUUUCAUCACGUUGUACAACAAAUCUUAAGCGUUCAAACCCUAACACUGAUACCGAUUUUUUACAUCUUGUGUUCUUAUUGCUCUUACUGUAUGUGGUAGGCUUUGUAAAGACUAGUCGACUUGUUGACUUUACUACUCCUCAAUGACACCCAGCGCUAGAUGUCGACUCGUCGCCUAUCAUGUUUUGAGGAGGAGCCGGAGCUGCUUUCAACAACAGAUGAGUGCGCUAAUUGAAAUGAAUUCCUCAGCUUAUCAAUUUAUAUUGUGUUCCGCAGCUUUGGUAAGUUAGGGCAAACCAC